GAGAGAAAGCGUGGCGAAUUACUUCUUACGGGGCCCACAUCCUAUAAAAACCCUUUUCUCUGCUACGCUGUUUUUCCCCCGCGAAAACCAAAAACGAUUUCAGUCACACAGAGAGAUUCGAAGACUGAACAUCGGCCAUUGAUUGGAAUUUCUCGCCCAUUUUCACGAUGGGGAACCGAAGAUUUGCGCAGGUUUCUACUAGCGAUGAGGAAGAUGAAGUGCCGGCAACGAAGCAGCAAUUCUCUAAUUCAGACGACAACUUGCCAAUUCGGAGGAAGAGGAAGAAGAUGAAGUUCAUAGAGGAAGAGGAGGAGGAGCUGGAGGAGGAAGGGGAAGAGAGAAAUCGCAGGAGUAGAAGGAGUAGAAACAAGGGAGAGAAGGAGGUGGAAGCUUAUAAACAGCAGGCAGAUGAUGAAAAUGAGGACGAUCAGUCGCAAGAGGACGCGAAGCCGGUUGGGGAUGCUGUUAGGGUUUCUGGGAAAGGGAGGGGAAGGAAGAGCCAUUACAAUGCGUUUGAAUAUGAUGGGAACAGAUAUGAUCUCGAGGAUCCGGUACUUCUGGUUCCUGAGGACAAGGAUCAAAAACCUUAUGUGGCAAUUAUCAAGGAUAUUACUCAGAACAAAGAUGGCAUGAUGGUCACUGGGCAGUGGUUUUAUCGUCCCGAGGAAGCUGAAAGAAAGGGUGGUGGAAGUUGGCAAUCACAUGAUACUCGAGAGCUGUUUUAUAGUUUCCACCGUGAUCAGGUUCCUGCAGAAUCUGUAAUGCAUAAAUGCGUUGUGCAUUUUGUUCCAUUGCAUAAGCAACUUCCAGUUCGGAAGCAACAUCCUGGUUUUAUUGUUCGAAAAGUGUACGACACAGUUGAAAAAAAACUUUGGAAGCUAACUGAUAAGGACUAUGAAGACUCUAAGCAGGAGGAAAUUGAUGAACUUGUUAAGAAGACCAUGUCACGGUUGGGAGAUCUUCCUGAUAUUGAGCCUGAAGAUGCCCCAGUUGACCAGGAAGAUCAGUUGAAGACUAAAAGAAGUUUUAAAAGAAAAAAUAUAUCUCCUCUUGAUAUUACAAGAGAUGAAUCAGAGGCAACCAGAUACGAUCACAGCUUAAAAGCUGAAACACCAGGAAGCUGUACAACUAAUCGAUCUGAGUACUACUCCAUAUUAGAAAUAUUUGACGUUCUAACAGGUGAAACUCAUCGUGAUAAAUGGUUGGAAAAACUUUUGGAGGGGGUUCAGUACGUAUGUUAUACUCCUGAGAAAACACGUGAAGAUGAUAUGGGACAAACUGCUGCUAAUGGUGUUAGCCAUGAAAAUAAGAAUCCGGAACCAUCGAUUGUAGCACAGAACAGUGCUAAGAGCGGCAAGUCUUUUCUCUGGCCGGAUGCAGCAGUUCCAGCCAUAACUGCUCUCGAGAAGGUGUCCAGUGAUGCCCUUUCUGCUGAUUUUCAGAAGUAUAACCAAAAAAUGCGGCAACUGGUAUUCAAUCUCAAGAAUAAUCGUUUACUAGCUCAACGGCUCUUAAAUGGAGAGUUGGAGCCAUCAAAAAUCCUGAAUAUGUCACCCAAUGAACUCAAGGAUGGAUUGACUGCUGAGGAGAUGGCAGCAACUAAAGAGCCUGAUGAGUCCGAGCGUAUGCAGAUGACAGAAGCGCGGUGUUCAAGAUGCACAGAAUGUAAAGUGGGUGUAAGGGAAAUCAUCCAAACAGGACAUGGAGAACGAUAUAAGUUGGAGUGCAUUGCCUGUGGUCAUUCUUGGUACGCCUCUAGGGAUGAACUCUCUAUGCUGACGAUAGAUGCGGCAACUAAUUCUACAAAAAGUGUUGGCACCGCACCAUGGGCAACUGCCAAAUUUGAAGAUGUGGAGAAGAGUCUACUCAGUCCCCGUGAACCCGAAAAAGCCACCGAGGACCUCUUCAAGAAAACGAGUGAAGCAUACAUGCCCGUAUUGGAUAGCCCGAAAUCAAACAAGUCUAGAAAGGAAGAUAACACAGAACCUGCUAAAAAUGCACAGUAAGGCAUCUGACCUUGUUUUAUGUUUUGUUUACACUUAGGUUCGAUCGCAGUGUACAGAUAGACAGGAUGCCAUAUGUAUCUAAGUUCUCCAACCCUCUUCUCUGUCGCCUCAAGCUGUCGUGAACUAUUAGCUAGGUUUACAGUUAUAACCAAUUACCUAACCCAACUUUACGUAGAUUCCAUGUUUAUACAAUCUUCUUGCAUAGUA